GAAGCAAAGUUCGCGGUUAAUUGCGUUUUCUUCUUUCCUUCCUUAACUAGAAGCCUAAAAAAUACCAAAAUUUCAACUCCAAAAAUCUUCUUCCAUGGACUGGAUUCGAGGUGAAACAGUAGGCCAUGGUAGCUUCGGCAAAGUCAAUUUUGCUAUACCCAGAAAACAGAGCACUCUGUUUUCUCCAUGUAUGGUUGUCAAGUCAUCUGCAGCUUCUUGUUCAGCUACACUGAUGAACGAGAAACUGAUCUUGGAGGAGCUUGACUGCUGCCCUCAGAUCAUUCGCUGUUUUGGUGACAGCUAUACGUACGAAAAAGGCGAAAAAUUGUACAAUGUCUUGUUGGAGUAUGCUUCAGGGGGUGCCUUGUCGGAUAAGAUCAAGAAUUCAAGGGAUCUGAGACUGCCUGAAUUUGAAAUCAGUAAAUAUACAAAGGAUUUACUGAAAGGGCUACACUAUAUUCACAAGAGCGGCUAUGUUCACUGCGACGUUAAACUACAGAACAUACUUCUUGGCGAAGAUGGGCAAGUUAAAAUUGCUGAUUUUGGAUUGUCCAAGAGAGCUGAAUCCAUGAAAGAUGGAAAUUUGCGAUGUGAACUGAGGGGUACUCCAUUGUACAUGUCGCCAGAAAUGGUAACCGCCGGUGAACAGGACACUCCAUCUGAUAUCUGGGCACUUGGAUGCGUGGUGGCGGAAAUGGCAACAGGUAAUCCAGUGUGGAGAUGUUCAGAUGUAACUAAAUUGUUAAUGGCAAUUGGAGUGGGCGAUCAAUUGCCUGAAGUUCCUGAAAAAUUAUCAGGAAAAGCAAAAGAUUUUCUAGGAAAAUGCUUCGUAAAGGACCCAAGAAAAAGAUGGACGGCGGAGAUGCUACUAGAUCACCCCUUUGUAAUAGCUGAUCGAGAUGAAACUGUUCCAUUAAAUAACGAAACAUGCUACAGUAACACCCCUUCAAUAUCUCCUAGAUGCCCAUUUGAUUUCCCAGAUUGGACAUCUGAUGACUCUGCUGAAUCAACAGCAACAUGUCAAAUUACAUCUCUACCCUCACCGGCGAUUCAAGAAUUGAUCAAUUUUAGCGGCGGGUCAUUAUCCACAUCGCCGGCUGAGAGGCUUAGGGGAUUAAUGAAUGAACUCAUACCACAAUCUGAAUGGGAUGAUGCUGAUGAUGAUUGGGUCAGCAUUCGGUGAUGUCUAUCUAUAUUAAAUUAUUUUUAAAAUUUAGUGAUAGAAAAGGCAUAGCAGAUUAGUACUAUUAUUUAGAUUUUUCAGAGUACAGAAGAUUUUUUAUAUCAGCUCUGAAUUUUUUUACCUUUUUUGUAAUUUCUUCACCUUAUUGGUUAGGCAGGUCAAUUUUUUCUACUUUGUCUGUAAUUAGAAAACAAGUUUAUCGUACAUAUAUAGGUUGCAAUUAGGAUAUUAUCACUUUCAAUAUGAAGACAAGUGAUUGGGACUCAGCAAA